AGUAAUUCUUUAUGGAACGAUAAUUAUGCUUAAAUAUUCUAAAAUAUUUGGUGCAGCAUGGAUCUGGCCUCUCCUGUCUCUUGCUUCGGCGUUAGAAAAUUGAUGCUCGCAGAUAGUACAGUACUUUUCAAUAAUCCGCACCAACUCUUUAUGUUUCUCUCUCUCCAUUUACACUUCGGUUCGGCCUUCGAAUCUAUGUAGGAUUCCUUUACCACCCACAAACAUCAUAACAGACAAAAGGCUCUCAGUUUCUUUCGCUCUCCAUUUUCACUUCAAUUUUUUUUUUUUCAUCUUGAAACUUUCAAUCUCCUUGAGCCCUCAGCCUUUCCGUAAUGGCCGUCUGUCUGAGAACAUCGAGAGCCAUUAUCAAUUGUCUCCAAUCUAAAGUAGGUUUGUUGAGCAUGAUCAGCCAAUGUUCUUGCUGGAGUUCUUUAACCCAUCAUCGUGAACCUCCAUUUUCUUCUCUGAGAACUCAAAAUGUCAGAGACCCAGAUGCAAAUUUCUGUGAUAAAGCAACGCUUUACUCCUCUCGCCGUUUCGAAUCAGUCAAAACCGAAAAACAGUUCAAUUCUCCUGAUGACGUUGAUCAUUAUCAGCAGAUCUUAGAUUUCCCGGGAGGAAAGGUUGCAUUCACUUCUGAGAUGAGGUUCAUAUCUGAAUCCCCUGUUGAGCGGGCACACUGUUACCGGGUCCUUGACGAUGAUGGGCAGCUGAUUCUCUGCAGCAAAUUUAAGAAAGUCAGUGAGGAAAUGGCUAUAAAAAUGUACAGUGACAUGGUUACUCUGCAAACCAUGGAUGCUUUUUUCUAUGAGGCACAACGGCAAGGAAGAAUUUCAUUUUACGCCACUACAAUUGGAGAAGAGGCCAUUAACAUUGCAUCAGCAGCAGCUCUUACCAUUGAUGACCUUGUCUUCCCUCAGUAUAGGGAACCUGGGGUCCUAUUGUGGCGUGGUUUCACUCUGAAGGAAUUUGCAAACCAGUGUUUUGGAAACAAAGCUGAUAAUGGAAAAGGGAGGCAGAUGCCUAUCCAUUAUGGGUCUAACAAGCAUAAUUACUUCACUGUGGCAGCAACAAUUGCUACACAACUUCCCCAUGCAGUGGGUGCUGCAUAUUCAUUGAAGAUGGACAGAAGAAAUGCAUGCGUAAUUACUUACUUUGGUGACGGCGGCACCAGUGAGGGAGAUUUCCAUGCUGCUCUGAAUCUUGCGGCGGUUAGGGAGGUCCCGGUUAUAUUUUUUUGUCGGAACAAUGGCUGGGCUAUUAGUACCCCUACUACAGAUCAGUUUCGAAGUGAUGGUGUUGUUGUUAAAGGCCGUGGUUAUGGGAUUCGAAGUAUUCGAGUGGAUGGUAAUGAUGCUCUAGCAAUUUAUAGUUCAGUUCACGCUGCGCGUGAAAUGGCAAUCAGUGAACAAAGACCAAUCUUGAUUGAGGCUCUUACAUAUCGUGUGGGGCAUCACUCCACUUCUGAUGAUUCCACCAAGUACCGCCCAGUUGAUGAGAUUGAAUGGUGGAGAUCGGCUCGAGAUCCUGUAGCUAGAUUUAGAAAAUGGAUUGAGAGCAAUGGUUGGUGGUGCAGUGAAGCCGAGUCAGAGCUAAGAAACAGUGUGAAAACACAGCUAUUGCAGGCAAUUCAAGAGGCAGAAAAAGUAGAGAAAUCUCCACUCGCCGAGCUUUUCACAGACGUGUAUGAUGUCCCCCCUUCAAAUCUUAGUGAGCAGGAGAAACUGUUGAGAGAGACCAUCAGACGACACCCACAGGAUUACCCACAAGAUGUUCCUAUUUAGAUUAAUCGAAAUAUGCACAGAUAUGCUGCUAAAUUCAUUCAUGAAAGCUUGGACUUGUUUCUUGCAUCUUCUAUUCUAUUACAGGAAAGGUAGUGAAAGUAUAUGGGAUGGUUUGCUGCCAUUUAACUUUAAAUAUGCAUUUGGCCCUUCAUCUAAUGAAGCAAAACCCGCACUGGUCCUUGCCUUA